GCACCGCCUCCUCCCAGCCCUCCUACCGGGCAUUGUCAUCAGCUGGGAGGGGUGAGAGCAGGCUACACACCGCGAGACUAGUGGACACUAGAAGGCAGCCACUCAAGGAGUCCGCGGGGCCGUGAGUGUCCAUCCAGAUCUCGGCACGGGUCCUUCCCUCCUCGGUUCCUGCAGUGACUCCUCCUUCAGUGCUCACUGAUCCUCUGACCGCUCCAUCGGUCCUUCCUACUGUGUCCAUGGUGAUGGCUCCUCCUCCUUCAUUGCAGACUACUUCCGGUGUUCAGAACGCUGUGUCCGGGGGUGGCUCUGGAGGGUUGGCCUUGUCCGAAGUACAUCUGGGAGUUGGUGACAACCGCUUGAUGCCGCUAAUUUCCUCAUCGGUGGUGCCCGCCACCUGGAAUGGUCAUGGUCCUUCUCCAGUGGUGUAUGUUCUAGGACACUCAUACAUCCAACGGGCAGCUUAGAGGGCUGCUAUCUGCCCAGGUGGACGUUCGCUGGGAUCAGGUGGAGCUGUGGUGGCGUGGCAGUCCCGGUCUUCAGUGGUCCGUGGUGCUGACCGAUUGCAUUACAAUUGCUGACCUGGGUCUCUCACCUGGCAUCCAGGAAGUUUUCAUAAAUGAAGCACAGAAUGAACCCUUGGCCUAUGGAUCACCAAUAGUUAUGGACUGUCCUUUGGUUUUACUCUCCUGCAGCAGGACUUCUGUCUGCGGUCUCUGUUGCUGUUGGUCUGGAGCGGCACUUCUGGGAUCCUUUUGUACCCUGUGAUAAACAGUCUUGCAACCAGACUUGCAGACAGUAACGUGACAGUAAUGACAGAUUCGGGCAUCGGAGAUUGGGUACUGAUGAUCGUUGGUGUUUGCAGAGUCUGUGAUGCAGCAUGGACUUUGUGAUUGCCAGCCGGAGAUGAGCACAGCAGCCGGAGCCUCCAAUAUGGCUGCACCCAGGGAACUUCCAGUUUUGGUCCGGUCAGCAAAAUCCUCCCCUGUGCAACACAGGGCGGCUCUUUGGUUCCUCCUCGCUGUAUUGAAGAGGUGUCAACGCUGGGGACUGACGGGGCGGAGCUGCAACCGCUCACGAGUGAAACACCGGACCAGAUUAACUCUUUCAGGUCAAUAACUCUUGGAAUGGCUUUGCCAGUUACCAUAGUAAUAAUGAGAGGACAGAACAAUGCCACCAUGCAUCUUCCGCCACCAAGGCCACGCCAAACGAGAAAGGAUCGCUUGUUUAAACCAAGGCUAGACAUGAGCUCUUUCACAGACGAGGAAGUAGUGAAACACUUUCGCCUGACCAAGGCAGCAAUUAAUCAGCUUUAUGAGGAGCUAAAACAACACAUAGGCCGCAAAAGUCACAGAAGUCAUGCCAUCUCUGGUAUCUCCAAACUCCUUGCAGUACUCCAUUUUUUUGCAAGCGGAUCAUUCCAGUAUUCCAUUGCGUCGAAAAUGGGUUUCACGCAACCCACUUUUAGUAGGUGCCUGAGGCAGGUGGUGGAUGCCAAAGUUGCUCUUAGUAAGAAAUACAUCAAAUUUCCAUACAAUGAUUCAGAGCGUGAUGUAAUGAAGCAGAUUUUUUAUGAGAAAUAUGGCAUGCCAUUAACUAUUGGUUUAAUUGAUUGCACUCACAUUGCACUAAUUCCAACCAAUGCAGAGGAGCAAAGCUAUCGGAACAGAAAAAUGUUACAUUCCCUUAAUGUCCAAAUGAUCUGUGGACCCAGUGGUGAAAUUUUGGAUGUAGUUGCCCGUUUUCCAGGAGGCACUCAUGAUGCUUUUGUGCUGAGUAGUAGUGGGAUUGGCCAACUCUUCCAAAGUGAUUACUUUCAAGAUGACAUUUUAUUAGGUGACAACGGUUAUCGGUUAUCCCCUUGGUUGCUUACACCAUACCUUGCACCACGGACAGAUGCCCAGCAGCGCUUCAAUACUGCACACAAGAGAACACGAAGCAUGGUAGAACAUGUUUUUGGACAGAUUAAAUCCCGCUUUAGAUGCCUUGAUGUUACAGGGGGGGCACUGCUGUACAACCCUGUUUUGGUUGGGAAAAUAGUGUUGUCCUGUGCAGUUCUUCACAAUAUUGCCCUCCUCCAUCAAAUUCCCAUAGAAAUUGCUUCCGACCUCCGUGCUAGCAUAGACUGCCCACCAGUAAUGGGGCAUGAAAGUUCACAGGCUGGUAAUGACAAAAGAAAUGAAAUUGCGUUCAAUUACUUUUCCCGUUAAGCCCAAACUUUCUAAAUUUGUGCUAUUGGGACUCCAACGAACCGUGUUUGUUAAA